CCCCGUUCCCCUCCACCAAAUCCUCCCCCGAUCCAACCAAAUCCCCCACCGUGCUCGCCGCCCAAUGCCGCCGCGGGCCGCCUAGGGUUCCGGCGGCCGCCGCCCCCUCGCCGGCGCGAUGGGGAACACCUGCGUCGGGCCCAGCGCGCCCUCGGAGCGCCACAGCUUCUUCAACUCCGUCUCCCUCGCCGUGCUCUGGCGCCCCGCCGCCGCCGCCCACGCCGAGCCAUCCCCGACCCCGGAGCCCACCCCCUCCACUUCCUCCUCGACCUCCUCCAGGGCCCCUGAUCCCGUCACCAUCCCCGACUCCGAGCACUCGCCCCACUCCUCCGCCGCGCCCAACCCGAACGGCAAGCCCAAGCCCAAGCCCAAGGUGAAGCGCGUGCAGAGCGCCGGCCUCCUCGUCGGCUCCGUCCUGAAGCGCGACUCUGAGCGGCUCAAGGACCUCUACACCCUGGGCAAGAAGCUCGGGCAGGGGCAGUUCGGCACCACCUAUCAGUGCGUCGAGAAGGCCACGGGGAAGCAGUUCGCCUGCAAGUCCAUCGCCAAGCGGAAGCUCGUGACGGAUGAGGACGUCGAGGACGUGCGCCGCGAGAUCCAGAUCAUGCACCACCUCUCCGGCCACCCCAACGUCGUCUCCAUCGUGGGCGCCUACGAGGACGCAGUCGCCGUGCACCUCGUCAUGGAGCUGUGCGCGGGAGGGGAGCUGUUCGAUAGGAUCAUACAGCGGGGGCACUACUCUGAGAAAGCCGCCGCGCAGCUGGCACGGGUGAUCAUUGGGGUUGUGGAAGCAUGCCAUUCCCUCGGGGUGAUGCACAGAGACCUCAAGCCGGAGAAUUUCUUGUUUGUGAACCAAAAGGAGGAUGCGCCGUUGAAGGCUAUCGAUUUCGGGCUUUCCAUCUUCUUCAAACCAGAUGAAAUAUUUUCGGAUGUCGUUGGAAGUCCUUACUAUGUUGCCCCUGAGGUUCUGAUGAAAGACUAUGGCUGCAAGGUGGAUGUGUGGAGCGCCGGUGUAAUAAUUUAUAUCUUGUUGAGUGGGGUUCCUCCAUUUUGGGAUGAAUCUGAACAAGGAAUAUUUGAACAAGUUCUGAAAGGUGAACUUGAUUUUUCAGCUGAUCCCUGGCCUAGUAUUUCAGAGAGUGCGAAGGAUUUGGUCAGGAAGAUGCUAAAUCGUAAUCCCAGGAAGAGAUUGACUGCACAUGAAGCUCUAUGUCAUCCCUGGGUUUGUGUUGAUGGAGUUGCUCCGGACAAACCUCUGGAUUCUGCUGUCUUAACCAGAUUGAAACAGUUUUCUGCAAUGAAUAAACUAAAGAAGAUGGCCCUUAGGGUCAUUGCUGAGAAUUUGUCCGAAGACGAAAUUGCAGGAUUGAGAGAAAUGUUCAAAAUGCUGGACACUGACAAUAGUGGGCAGAUCACAUUGGAGGAACUAAAAAGUGGCUUGAAGAGAGUUGGUGCUAACUUAAAGGACUCAGAAAUUACAACACUAAUGGAGGCGGCAGAUAUUGAUAACAGUGGUUCCAUUGAUUAUGGGGAGUUUCUUGCUGCAACUUUGCAUCUGAACAAAGUCGAGCGAGAAGAUAAUCUCUUCGCAGCAUUCUCAUACUUUGAUAAAGACGGCAGUGGUUACAUUACUUAUGAUGAGCUACAAACAGCAUGUGAGGAGUUUGGUAUAGGAGAUGCACACCUAGAAGAUAUCAUCCGUGACAUUGAUCAAGACAAUGAUGGCCGGAUCGACUACAAUGAAUUUGUAACAAUGAUGCAGAAGGGAAAUAACCCACUAGGGAAAAAGGGUCGUGCACAUAUGAGCUUUGGUCUUAGGGAAGCAUUGAAGCUUGGCUAAAUGGCACGAUCAGUCCGCAGUGUAAAAUGCCAUUCAUCAUUAUGCGCCAACUAUAGCCGGUGAAAACAAGGAUCAAGAACUUGGGACUAUGGUAUCCUAGAUGGAGCGACACGGUCAGCUUCAAGGUUUUAUCAAGUGAGCACGUUGCAUGCAGGAAAACAAUGGCGGAUUUUUCCAGAGCUCAUCCUAAAAUACCAAAACGUCCUUAAUCCUCCACCAUGUAUAGGCAUUUUCAAGGAGGGACAGGAAUAGCGGAUGUGUUUUCCAUGACCUUUCUUUACCCGUUCUGAAGCUCAGCUGCAGGAUGCUCCUAGAGAAAGAAAUGCAUAUUCACAUCGUGCGGCAUUUCAGAAUGUAGAGCGAAGCUUAACAUGUUGCAUGCUCGAACAACGUGUGUGUGUUCUCUUUGUUAGAUAGAUCAAUAGAUGUGCAGUCCUUGUUAUAUAACAUACUAUGUUGUAAGAAUAGGCUGUACUGUGAGAAAUCUACAUCAAUUAAAUGAUUUUUUAGAGUACA